AUGGGAACCCGAGAAGUGUACGAGGAGAAGCUUCGAACUGGAAAUGUGUAUCACCAUGAUCCUACCAUUAAUCCUGGCCUCGGCACCCCUCGCUGCCCCCGUUGUCUCUCUCUCCUCGACUCCGAUUCUAAAAAUGGUGAAUGGACAAUUACUUCUGUCUUGCACGAUGCUACAGCUGUGCCCCUCAACCAGUUGCCUCCUCCAAAUGUCAAACGGGAGCUUAUAAUGCUUUCUUUACCGGCAAUAGCUAGCCAGGCCAUUGAUCCUAUGGCUCAGCUGAUGGAGACAGCUUAUAUUGGCAGUUUAGGUCCUGUACAGCUGGCAUCCGCUGGUGUUUCUAUGUCUAUCUUUAAUAUCAUUUCAAAGCUAUUCAACAUACCACUUCUUAGUGUUGCUACUUCUUUCGUAGCUGAAGAUUUAGCAAAGUCUUCUUCAGGAUUCUCCUAUGCGAGUACAAGCAGAGAAGUUUCUGUCGCUUAGAGCUCUUGGUGCCCCCGCUGUUGUACUUUCUCUGGCUCUUCAGGGUGUGCUAAGGGGAUUUAAGGACACAAAAACCCCUGUAUUCUGUCUAGGCAUGUUUUCAAGCCUCAGCAUUGCAUUUGUACUUUUUUUUUUUUAUCCCCUGGUUACUCUAUUUUAAUUGUUAUAAUUUAUUUCUGUUUAUUUUUAGUCUCUA